GGUUAAGUUAUCAAAUAAACAAACAAAUUUGCUUAAUUUAAAUUUUUUUUUUUCGAUUUCAUUAUUUGAUAUGUGAGUGAGACAUAAUAUUGUUUCAUGAUGUGCGUUGGGUUCAGUUAGAUAUGAGACUUUAACCUUUUAUCGCAAGGUAAAACUGUAAAAGGAAUACUGUUGCUAUUCAACUCCAAUCGGUAACUUGAUGAAUUGAUAAUCAACUGAUCUAGUGUAAAUUUUAAGAGUUAGUAAUCAAUAAAAUCAAAUUUCAUGUCCAUAUAGAUUAAUAUUUUUGUUUAAGAUGACACCCAAUCUAGCCAAAUUUAUUUUGAGCUUUAGAAUAAAACCAAAUACUCAAGCAGCAAUAGUCUCUAAUAUUUGGAAAAAUUGCCAAAAUCCUUCCCCUGAAACUCCCCCAAACAGAUUAAUUCAGCGCUAUUUACAAACUCAGACUAGAAUAUUAUAUCACAAUGAAGUGGCACCCUCUAUUAUUAGUGAAUCUCCUAUCCCCCUUAUUAAAGACAAAUCUAGUCCAAGCAAAAAUAUCAAUCUUGAUACUAUUACAACAAGCGAUGUUGCUGUGAUAAAAGAUACAGAAACCGAUGCUUUGGAUGCUUGUAAGGAAGACGUCUCAGACAUAGGACCUUUUGCAUCACCAUCGUUUAAUCUUGCUGCAUAUGUCAAUGAUUCGUUUACAUUGCAACAGUUUGUUCUUCUGGGAGUUAAACUCAAUGUAUUGGAAAAGAAACCAGAAGUUGCUGAAUACAUUUUGAAGUUAAACUUUGAAAAACAAGUAAAACCGUAUUUAAGAUUUUUACAUGAUGUCGGAGUUCCUACUGAAGAAUUUGGAAGAUUUAUUACGAAAAAUCCGCUCAUUUUUCGAGAAGACUUGGAAGAUUUACAAAUCCGUAUCAAUUACUUGGAAGCCAAAAAGUUUACCACUGAAAUGAUUUCAAGAAUCGUUACGAGGAAUCCAUCAUGGCUCAGCUUCAGUACUGUUGAUAUUGACAAACGACUUGGUUUCUUCCAAAGGACUUUUGUCUUGUCUGGUGAUGAAGUCAGAGCACUUACAAUAAAGAGACCGACCAUCAUAACUUACAGCUUAGGAAAGAUAACUGUUUCCCAUUUUGCAGUUAAAGAAGAAAUGGGUUUCAGCGAAGUAGAGACUAAGACGCUACUUCUCAGAUGCCCCAAAGUCUUUGAUAUCCAUACACAAGCAUUGAAGAACCGCUUUGAUCUUAUACACAACCUUAUGGGCGUUCCACAUGAACAAAUUCUUGAACAGCCUCAUGUUUUGCUCUUCAGAGAAUUCAUAGUGAAACAAAGGCAUGAUUUUCUCAAAGAGCUCGGAAAGGCUCAGUACGACCCUAAGUUACCGAACUACGUAUCCCUGGAAACACUGGUGCACGGCAAUGAUGUGGACUUUUGUCGCAAUGUCGCCAAGACAAGUAUUAAUGUGUUUAAUGCUUUCUUAAAAUCAAGAUAGUUUGGCAAAUUUUGAUCUAAGUGUCUCUUUUUUAACAAAAACGUUAGUUGAAUGAAUACAUUUUAAUCGAGUAAUUCAAAUUAUUAAGAUUGGGUGUACUUUGAAUGGUUGAUGUUAACGGUAUUUUCAAAAAUACUUUACAAAUUUGAAGAUAUAUAAUAUAAACUAUGUUUCGUAAAAACAGAAGGUUUAAGAAACCUUAGAUCAACUUCUUAUUAACUACUCAUCCCAACAAUACUUUCUUUAUUCAGUUUUGUCAAUUUAAUUUUGAUACAAUCAUACAUCACAAAACUUAGCCAUCGCCCAACUUUAACAGUUAUGUUGUAUAACUUCUCUCUUUAGAAUAAAGUCUUGGGAAUCUUAGCAUUGGUGACAAUGUAUGAAGUAUUGUAAUACAGUAA